AUGGUGUUGGCUUGUGCUGUAUCAUGUUUGCAUGACGAAGAAAUUAUACAUUGUGAUUUGCAUUCUGGAAACAUAUUAAUCCAUCAAGGUGUUAUUAAACUAGCAAUCAGCCAAAAGUUUUGGAGUGACGUUUACAGCAUUGGCGUACUCUUGUGGGAGCUAUCAAGUGGACGUCCACCUUUUUAUAUUAAAGGUAAAGAAUAUGACAUUGGUUUAGCUAUAGAAAUAUCACAAGGACUUAGAGAAAGAAUCAUUCCCGGUUCAUCUAAAGAUUAUGUAAACAUAUAUACUGGGUGUUAG